UCUGCGCCUGGAUGCUUACUUGAUACUUUUGUUUCCUUUUUUAGGCUACGUGAUCUGCAUACUGGAUAAUGCGAAAGUCUUCCCAAAUCAUGCUUGUAAGAAAACGUAGUUUGGAACCAAAGAAUUCACCGCCACCAGUAAAUUUUACAGAAUGGGAUGGUUUAACACGCGUAGUCUUUCGGCGUAAGGAUAAAACUCUAGCGGCCACUUAUCGCAAAGGAAUAAGCCCAUUGAAGGAAAUUUUGACAUGCCGGCAAAAGCAAUAAAUAUAUUGGAGUAGCUCAAUAUGGCGAAUACAAGAGCA